AUGGGUCCUCAUGAUUCUUCCAUUUCCGCCGCCGCCGGAAGCACUUCCUCCUCCUCCUCCGCUUGUUCCACCUCCACAAAGCCGCCUCAACCGCCUGAUCAGAUGGACCACCUCCUCGCCGGCGCCGGCUACAAGGUCCGCUCAAAUGACCUCCACCAAGUCGCUGAGCGUCUUCAACGCUUAGAAACCGUCAUGGUGAAGUCCUCUCCAGUCGAGAUCUCAGAGCUUGUAAACGACGCCGUUCAUUACAACCCCACUGACCUCGCCUCCUGGGUUGACUCAUUACUUACCGAAUUGAACACCAACCCGCCCCUAUCCGUACCCGUACCCACGGAUCUAUCGGAUCCAAAUGCGUUUCCGGCGAAUAUCAACAUGUACGCCAACCAUGCGCCUCAGGUGCACGGUGAAUUCUCCCAACAAGUCGUCGCACCGUUCGAGGAAGACGUUAGUAUCCAGUUAGUACACGUGUUGAUGACGUGUGCGGAGGCUGUCCAACGUGGCGACCUCUCAUUGGCAGGCUUGUUGAUCGACGAUCUACAAGCUUUACUCGGACGUGUAAACAGCGGAUGUGGCAUCGGAAAAGUCGGCAGCUUCUUCGUCGACGCCCUCAGCCGCCGUAUCGUUAACUCGCCGGAAAACGCCGUUCACGCCGACUUAUCGGCUUACGAGAAUGAGAUUUUAUACCACCAUUACUAUGAAGCCUGUCCUUAUUUAAAGUUCGCUCAUUUCACGGCUAAUCAAGCCAUCUUAGAAGCAUUUGACGGUCAAGAUUGUGUCCACGUCAUCGACUUCAACUUAAUGCAGGGCUUACAAUGGCCGGCUUUGAUUCAAGCCUUGGCUCUUCGGCCUGGUGGACCGCCAUUACUCCGGCUCACCGGUAUAGGUCCCCCAUCCCCUGAUGGACGUGACUCGCUUCGAGAGAUCGGGCUCAAGCUAGCAGAAUUGGCCAGAUCUGUCAACGUGCGUUUCGCCUUCCGAGGCGUUGCGGCUUCACGUCUUGACGACGUGAAACCGUGGAUGUUGCAAGUCAGCCCGAAAGAGGCUAUUGCAGUAAAUUCAAUAAUGCAACUACAUCGGCUAUUGGGCCCGAAUAGUUCUCGUGGGCCACCCAUUGAUUUGGUCCUUGAUUGGAUUCGAGAUUUGAAUCCAAGAAUUCUGAUGGUUGUGGAACAGGAGUCGAACCACAACCAACCUGAAUUCUUGGACCGGUUCACUGAAGCCUUAUACUAUUACUCCACAAUGUUUGACUCGUUAGACGUAUGCACGGCUCAGCCCGAAAAGGCCCUAGCCGAAUUAUACAUACAAAGAGAGAUAUGUAAUGUGGUUUGUUGUGAAGGGCCGGUUCGUGUUGAGAGGCACGAGCCAUUGGUCAGAUGGAGGGAUCGACUGAUAAACGCUGGAUUUGCACCGUUACACCUAGGGUCCAACGCGUUCAAACAAGCUCGUAUGCUAUUGACUCUGUUUUCGGCCGAAGGGUAUUCUGUAGAAGAAAAUGAAGGAUGCUUGACCUUAGGAUGGCAUAGUCGACCCCUUAUUGCCGCCUCGGCUUGGCAAGCGAUUCCCAAGCCGAGCACGACAAUUGGGCCUAUAAACCAUCCUUAAUAAUGUAAUAAUGUGUUACAUGUAUGAAGUUAAAAUUAGUGGUGCAAAUUCAA